GCGCGGCGGCACCAGGCUUUGUGUGUGUGUAUGUGUGUGUGAGUGUGUGUGUGUGUCUGUGUGUGUGAGUGAGUGAGCGGGCGGGCGGGCGCGAGUGUGGCCGCCGCGGAGCGCGAGCAGGACCCGGCGGGCGCGCUCCCCAGCCUCUCUCUCCCCGCCAGAACCAUGUCGGGCAGGUCGGUUCGAGCCGAGACCAGGAGCCGGGCCAAAGAUGAUAUCAAGAGGGUCAUGGCGGCUAUCGAGAAAGUGCGCAAAUGGGAGAAGAAGUGGGUGACUGUGGGUGACACAUCCCUGCGAAUCUACAAGUGGGUCCCUGUGACUGAGCCAAAGGUUGAUGAUAAAAACAAGAAUAAGAAAAAGGGCAAAGAGGAGAAGUGUGGCUCGGAGGUGACCACUCCGGAGAACAGCUCCUCCCCGGGGAUGAUGGACAUGCACGAUGACAACAGCAACCAGAGCUCCAUAGCAGAUGCCUCCCCCAUCAAGCAGGAGAACAGCAGCAACUCCAGCCCUGCUCCGGAGUCCAACGUGGCCGUGCCCGGCGAUGGCACCGACGCCAAGGUGGACGAGGCCCAGGCCGACGGGAAGGAGCUCCCGGGGGCUGAAGAUGCUUCUGAUGAGCAAAAUUCACAGUCUUCAAUGGAAAACUCGAUGAACAGUUCAGAGAAAGUUGAACGGCAGCCAUCUGGAGACGCAGGUCUAGCUGCAGAGACGACCACAAUCUCUCAGGUACCUCGAUCGAGGUCUCAGAGGGGCAGCCAGAUCGGCCGGGAGCCCGUUGGGGUGUCGGGGGAUUUUGAAGGAGUGCCACCCUCUAAAAAGAUGAAAUUGGAGGCUUCCCAACAAAACUCCGAGGAGAUGUAGACGCUAAGGUCAGUCCUCCGAUCCACGUUUCACGGGAGAUCCAUCAGCAGGCUUAAUUCUAGAACAACUUCACCCGAGUGACUCCUCUCGGGCGCGGACAGAACUACUAACUUUUCAAGUUUACCAAGUGCAAAUCCAAGAAAAUCUAGAACGGCGUAACUUCUCAGACACUGAAGAACUUUCUGCUGUGAAGUGAAACACUCAAGUCUUGAAGUGACUGUCCUUGGAAAGGCGGGGCUGACAGCUCAGGAGUGUCUGCACACUGUCUGAAGCCAAGAUUUCAUUUGUGUUGCUGCUGUAUUGUUUUUUUUUCCCACUUCUCUAUUUAACGAGAUAAGCUAUUUGAGGGUGGUACUGAUCAGGAAUUCGCUGUUCGUCACGGCUUUUCACCGUUCACCCGAUUCUUUCUGCUUUCUUUUUUUGUGCCUUGUGCCCUUGAGGUGACCUCUGGCAUGUUUUCCUGGUUGUUUUGCAUCUCCCUUUGUGAAGUGCCCUCUUGGUUUUGUUCAGGCAGCUGCUGCCACCGUCCUCCACCCUCCCUGCCCCAGGACUUCAUUCGGAGCAGAGCAGGCCAGGGAGGAGGAGAGCCCGAGGCCACCUGAUUUCCAGGUACCCUGAGCCCUGGGUGGAGGCAGCACCAGCCUCUAGGGUCUGAGGAGUCUCAGAUGUCAGGGCACUGUCCCCAAGGGCUGGCCACUUGAUAUGCUCUCGCUUCCUCGGGGCAUCUGAGGCUGGCGUUUCCAAGCCCACGGCGGCCCAGACGGACACACAGAGCCCUUAGAUGGUUCUGGCACCUCCACCCUCUGCCUCCACCGUACCGCUUUCUCUCACACCUCCGAACAUGAAAUGGCUUCUGUGGCUGACUGCAGGAUUGUCUCCUUAAGACGAUAAAAGGGCUGAGGAGGCUGGGAGCAGAUGGCAGGAAUAGCUGGUGCUGAACUUCUCUCAUAGGACAUUGCUUGGAUUGCAAAUCCACAGUAACCUGCUGUCCUCUGCCUCCCCAGCUCCCCCCGGCCCCACCCCAGGGAGGUGAGAUUGCAGUCAGCUGAAAUCGGCUUGCUACGGCGUCCUGUUCCUGACCCUCAGAGCCAACAGUUAGAUCGUGUCUCAUUCCCAGGAUGCGCCAACAGUCCCCAUAGGGGAUCGGGGCCUUGAUGAUUGGGCCUCGAAGGCCAGAAACAAGGCACCAAGAAGUUGGAAAGCUUUGCACUCCUCCAGAAAGGGGUAAUUGAGUCCCUCCCCAUGCCCAUCUCCCGCCUGUGAUGGGACAGCUGCUUCUCACUAAAAUGGAGAUGCCCCCUUGUACGAACUGCCUAAUUGUUUGGUUCUGAGGCCUGGUUUGCUCUUAAUUCCUAUCUGGACUCCUCAGACCUUAACCUUUUUCCUGAGCUCUCUUUACUGCACUGGAGUUCCAACUCCCUUUGAGUUGGGGGGUGGGGGGGAGGGUUGUGGGUUUUCUUGGUUGGUUUUUGUUUUGUUUGUUUCAUUUUGUUUUGUUUGGCUAAUUGGUGCAUAUUCAGGUACCACCUUUGACGUGUGGAUCUCUCUCCUGACCACCAUGGGAAGUGUCUGCCAGAUUCCAUUUUCUAAGAGUUUCUGAGGGUGAGGCUCUUAUUUUUUUUAAGGGAGCCAAUCUAUUUCCUGCACUUCAAGAAGAAUUCAAAAUGUUCCUGAAUUUCAAAUACCUCAUGCAAAAAUGUCUCCUGAAAUAAGGGAAAAAAAAAAAAAAACUUUGAAAAUCUUAAUGUUGAAGUUAGCGAUGCCGAAAGGUUUCUGUCUUAAAAAAAAAAUCCUUUUCCAUUUUGCCCCUCAGGCAGUCAGUUCUGUGGAGAACUGUGUUCUGCGUUACCUCUCAGUGUAUCUCAAGGCGGCUUUACCUCCAGAUCCUCUAGGGUUAGAGUAACUUUUUUCUUUGCAGCAAAACUCCAUGUUGAUGAAAGAUGAAUUUGGAUAUUUAUUUCCUUUUCUUUUUGGGAAACAAGAGGUUACAACCAAGACAGCUAAAGGAAAACCACACACACGCGUCCAUGGGAAUAGCAAGUGGCCGGGGUCCCCUACGCCCCUUCUAUUUGCGGUGGCCUCUGGACAGGCAAGGAGAGUCGACACGGUCGAGGAUGAAGACAACAUCCACGAGACCGAGGCUGUCAUUAGUUUUUCUCUGAAGUGCCUGAAGGUAGGAAUGGGCCGGUGGUUGGGACCAAGUAGGCCCCACCACGGCCACGCCAGGCAGAGCGCCAGCGGCCCUGCACUCAGUGCUGGCCGGGAAGGCCUUCCACACGGAGUGAUGAGACUGCAGAAAUCCACACGUGCUUCCUUCCCUGCCGCAGCCCGCUCCUCGGAGCCGCUGUUCCCCACCA